AUGUCCUGGACACACCUCGUUCGCUUUAUUGCCGCUGAAGAUAGCCAGAUUCACCUGGGCCAGCUGGUCGAUACUGCCCGUGACGUCGGGCGAGAUACCUUCGAUGGCGCCAAUAUCCCUGUGUUCCUAAUUGAGGGGUCCAUAUUCGACGGGCGAGUGACCGAGACAAUCUUGCACAUUCAACAGCUUCUGUCCCCAGUCUCCCGCGAACAAUGCAGCUACAUCCGGUGUCUGGGUCUGAACUAUCUGGACCAUGCCAGGGAAGCAAACAUGGCCCUACCAAAGGCGCCCGUCCUCUUCACAAAGCCACGCACUGCAUUAGUUGGUCCGUACCCGACAACGGUCAAUGUGCCGAAGUGCGCCCAGGAUGAGACCAGUGACUAUGAAGCCGAGCUGUGCGUGGUUAUUGGAAAGACCGGUCGUGAUAUUCCCGAGGAAGAUGCCCUCGAAUAUGUGCUGGGAUACACUGCGUCCAAUGAUGUGUCGGCCCGUUCGCUCCAGAUGAUCACUCCUCAGUGGUCGUUCUCGAAAGGACUAGACGGCAGCUGUCCGAUAGGUCCUGUCCUCGUCUCCCCUAGUGUGAUAGAGGACCCCCAGAACCUGCCCAUCAAGGCUAUACACAACGGUCGCGUAGUCCAGGACGGACAUACGAAGGACAUGAUUUUUUCGAUCAAGAAACAGAUUUCGUACCUCUCCCAGGGUACAACUCUCGAGGCCGGUACCAUCUUCUUGACCGGCACUCCGGCUGGCAUUGGAUACUUCCGGGAGCCGCGCGUGGUUCUCAGAGACGGGGAUGACAUGCGGGUGGAGAUUGGCAAGAUUGGAACACUGGUGAACGAAAUUAGAUAUGAGUAG